AUGUGCAUUAAAUUGAAGGGAGAAGAGCGGCCUACAAUGAGGGAAGUGGAGAUGAAACUUGGAAUUCUGAGAGUUAACAUGCGUGCGGCACCUGAUAUUGCUGCAUCAAGGAGAUGUGAUGGAGGUCAUGGUGGAUCUCUAUGGAUGCCAACUGAAGGAGUUGUUGUGGAAGCAAGCAGGCAAUACACUAUGGAGGAAGAAAUAUUGUUGUCUGCGAGUUAUCCUCGAUGA